AUGCUUCGCCCCUUCCUCUUGGCAUUGGCCCAAAGUGGCCUCGCCAGCAAUGUGGGCGAAGUUCACUGCCUCAAUGUCACGAAGAGCAACUUCAACCGCGCGUGCCUACCAGAUGCCAUUAGGAACUAUUCGGACCUCGGAGUGCAGGAACCCCCGUAUCAGUACUUGCAGUGGCAGUUGGCCGAGACCUGCGGUCUGCCAUUGGCGGCCCUGGCGGCGGAGUUCGCCAUGCUGCCGGAGAUCAUCUCGAGAGGUCUGCGGGGCGUUUUCAUGAUCUGGAGCCUUUACAUCAUGGGCAAUUUCUUGGCGGUGGGCGUUCCUCAGCUUCAGCAUGCUUCGCCUCACCCGCGCUCUGCCUCUGCGGUCCACCAGGUGCUGAGUUUGUUCCAAGUGGCGCCGGUGAAGCGACGCUGCUGGGGCUUUUUUCGGGAGAACUCCUUCGACUACAAGCGCUUCGUAGGUCCUUUGUACUGGGUCCUCUUCGGCCUGGCCAUCCUCAUAGCAGGUGGCAUCACCUGUCGCUUCUUCGCCGACCUGCACGGCUUCCGCAAGCUCCUGAAGGAGACGGAGGAGCUGAGAGGGCCACUGAACGGCACAGUGCCGAGUACAUCCCCCAGUCGUGGCUGCUUCUACAUCAUGGCUUUGCGUUGGAUGGGCUAUCGACACUGCUUCGACCUGCUGCUGCUGAUGGUCUUCACCUCGGUCGACCUGGUGAUGCUGGCGGCGGAGCUGGGUUGGAUGUGCAUCCUGCAAUGCCUGGCCUACUGCCGCUGCUUCUUUUGUAGUUUCUGGAAAGGCUGCUGUGGUAUUUGUGGCUACCUAUGUUGCACCUCGAUAUCUGCACUAUGCGCACUAUGCUGCUUCGUUCCUCUGAUGGGCAUUCUGCUUUACCUGCUCAUUGGCCUAGUAGCUGUGGCUGCGGUGGGGAUGCUGACCCUCAUGCUACUGGCUGCAGUGCUCUUGUCUUUCACCUGGGCCUUACGAUAUAUCCUCAGCUGGCUUACUUGCCACUUCUGCAUCCCACUGCGGGCGGCCUCCUGGUCCGACAUGGCCUUGCUGCUCUAUCCCUUUCCCCCAGGCUCGCCCGGCUUCGCCACGGCCUAUGCUGUGCGACGACCCAUGAACGAGGAGGAGGAGGACGAAGAUAUGGAGAUUCGGAAGGUCCCAGCAGUGGCACUGGAGCACGGCUUCGAUGUUCAACAGUCGACCUUGUCCUCCAACUACACCAUCUGGGAGAAACAUUUGGGACUGCCUUAUAGCUGGAUGUCCUAUGCCUUCCCCGCAUGGUGGAGCGUGACGUUCGCGCCGGCCCUGCUGAUGGCCCUGGCUGUGGCCGCACAGCUGAGCAGCAAUAGCAUCCUUUUCUCAGAGGCCAUGGCCGACUCAGAUCUGGAUUGGCUCCCCACGACGCCACUAUCUACCUGGUCGUACCAUUGGUGCGUGCUGAAGGCCGUCUGCGGUGGCAUCACCGAUGCCUUCCAUGGCGUCUUUGUGGAGGUGCCACUGCACCUCUUCCGCGCGCCCAAAACCACCUGGGUCCGUUUCUUCGGCUUCUCAUACAGCGGCACUGACUUCCUGAACCUCUUUUCGGCAGACAAGCACGCCUCGGGUACCCUGGUGGAGGGUCAGUUCCACGGCAACUUCCAUAACUUCAGAGCCACAGUGAUGCUCCUGCGAUUGCUCCUGACGAUGCUCUUCGCCUCCCUGCGUCUCACCGCCGUCAUCGCGCGCACGCCCUCCGCCGACAGCGGCGAGGAGGACAGCUGGGACGAGGAGAUUUGUCCAUAA